AUGAGGGAGCUUAUUCCUUUCCACGAAGCAGUCGAUCUGAGUUUGUGGCCUUCGCCGUUCGAUGCUUCCAUCAGCAAGAGGAAGUUGCAGAAGUGGUACUUUCAUGUCAGGUCAGCGAUACGACUACUCCGUGAAGGCGACCAGGACAACAACCGCCUCGAGACAACUGGGCAACGAGAGGUUCAUGUCAACGUGACCCCGCCCGACUUGGAUUUCUUGGGAGGAUCGGUCGAUUGCGAAAUGGACGUGGACGAGAUUACCGGAAGAGGUGGCUGGUCUGAUACGAUGGAAAGGAUUACUGGAUCGGUUUUGCUGGAGCCACCGAAAGAGCCGGUGUUCCGGGUCACGACUCUCAUCCACAAGCAUUCCGAGCAGUUUGAUCCGCAGACUGCUCUGAUGAUGAUGAAGACAGGCAGGUCUGUCGUCUAUUCGCACUUUCCCGAUCGGAAUGCUGCCAAUUCGGGCACAUGGAUGCACGCCGUGCUAGAAUUUUUGUUCAACGGAUAUCAAAUCGCAGCAGGCGAGAUGCAAGGAGAGCUGGACGCAGCUGUCAAUAUCGUAAGUCAAAUGGGAGAUGUUGAAGUUUACAGAACCGAGUGGUGCAUAUACGCCCCCGACGAGGAUGUUGCGGGUUCCAUUGACAUGGUCUUGAAACGAAGAGACAGUGCUGUUUUCUAUCUUGUGGACUGGAAGCGUAGUGAAAAGCUUGAGGACAAGUGCAAUGGCCUCGGAAAGACAAUGAAGUCUCCGCUGGAAUCAGUGGCAGACUGUCAAGGUCAGCAUUACCGUCUUCAGCUCAAUAUAUACAAAUGGAUACUCGAGAAGUACUAUGGUGUCCAGAUCCAUGGCAUGAAAGUCGUCUGCAUCCACCCACGAUAUCUUCCGGGUGGGUUCGUGGAUGAUGUUCCGAAUAUGCAGGGUCUCGUCUCGGAGCUGACGCAGUGUAGAAGAAAUGAGAAAACUGCGCACGGACCGGAUCAAGAUGCUGCAGUCGCACAGGAAUCCUUUCGUGAGGACGAAGUACAAGCCCGAGCAUCUCCUCGGGAAGCCCUGAGCCCAACCGAACGUUUCCCAGUGGUUUUGCCUUCACAACCGUCGGUGGUCGAGUCAAUGGCUGAUCUAGAGGCAAUGAUCGAAGACCUCGUGGACGAUCAAGAUAACGGAGCUCCAAAUCAUGCCAAGAAAUCAAGAAACGUCGUCUUUUACCUGGAGCAGACACACACUCCCGCAGAUUUCAAGAUAUGUUUCGGAGGUCUCAUCCCAUUCUGUCAGAUUCCCUGGACAACAUAA